UAUGUUUAGCCACCUCCAGGGGAUGGUCUAAGUGCGUCAAUUCGCAUUUUGAAACAGUGACGCACUCAUGUCUAAUGCAGGUCUAAAGCCUUCAAUGAGUCUCUCAUAAUUGAAUUGACAUAAAAGUUAGCACAACUGAUUUUGAAUAAAUAUUAAUAACUCAAUACAAACAGUUGGGUUUACACAUUGUAAUUUCACUCAGCGUUGGCUCCUUGGCCAACGUGACGUCGCAGGAAAUAUACGUCACAGCCGAAGCGGGAAGCAGCGGGCUUGUUGGUGCAGCGGUUUGAUGAGCAGCAGACUUUCAUGUAUUAUUCAGCUAGCAAACAGCUAGCGGGCUAGCCAAAUAAGGAGCAACCGAAGACUAAACAUGCCGCGGGAAAUCAUAACGCUUCAACUGGGACAGUGUGGAAAUCAAAUCGGAUUUGAGUUUUGGAAGCAGUUGUGUGCAGAGCAUGGCAUCAGUCCAGAGGGGAUUGUUGAGGAGUUUGCAACAGAGGGGACCGACAGAAAAGACGUGUUCUUUUAUCAGGCUGAUGAUGAGCACUACAUCCCCCGAGCAGUCCUCCUGGAUCUUGAACCAAGAGUGAUCCACUCCAUCCUGAACUCACCUUACGCAAACCUGUACAACCCAGAGAACAUCUACCUGUCUGAGCAUGGUGGAGGUGCUGGGAAUAACUGGGCUAGUGGAUAUUCACAGGGCAAAAAAAUCCAAGAAGACAUUUUUGACAUCAUUGACCGGGAGGCAGAUGGCAGUGACAGUCUGGAGGGAUUUGUCCUGUGUCACUCCAUUGCUGGGGGGACGGGCUCUGGACUUGGAUCCUAUCUGCUGGAGAAACUCAAUGACAGGUACCCAAAGAAACUGGUGCAGACUUACUCCGUUUUCCCAAACCAGGAUGAGAUGAGUGACGUGGUCGUUCAGCCGUACAACUCGCUGCUCACUCUGAAGAGGCUCACACAAAAUGCAGACUGCGUGGUGGUGUUGGAUAACACGGCUCUAAAUCGCAUAGCCACAGACCGGCUGCAUAUCCAGAACCCCUCGUUCUCUCAGAUCAAUCAGCUGGUUUCGACCAUCAUGUCUGCAAGCACAACAACCCUGCGCUACCCGGGCUACAUGAACAACGACCUCAUCGGCCUGAUUGCAUCCCUCAUCCCUACACCUCGCCUCCACUUCCUCAUGACUGGGUACACACCACUCACUACUGACCAGGCGGUUGCUAGUGUGAGGAAAACCACAGUACUGGACGUGAUGAGGAGGCUCCUGCAACCUAAGAAUGUGAUGGUGUCGACAGGGAGAGAGAGGCAGCCGAGCCACUGCUACAUCGCCAUUCUUAACAUCAUUCAAGGAGAGGUUGACCCCACACAGGUGCACAAAAGCCUUCAAAGAAUCCGGGAGCGUAAACUCGCCAGCUUCAUUCCCUGGGGUCCGGCCAGCAUCCAGGUGGCUCUGUCCAGGAGGUCUCCAUACCUGUCCUCAGCACACAGAGUCAGCGGCUUAAUGAUGGCCAACCACACCAGCAUCUCUUCUCUGUUCGAGCGGACGUGCCGGCAGUACGAUAAACUGCGUAAGCGCGAAGCCUUCCUGGAGCAGUUCCGCAAAGAGGACAUAUUCAAGGACAACUUUGAUGAGCUGGACAACUCUCGCGAGGUGGUGCAGCAGCUGGUGGACGAGUACAGCGCAGCCACGCGGCCUGACUACAUCUCCUGGGGAACGCAGGAACAAUGAACUGACUUUAUAUCGUGCAUCUCUAAUAAAACCCUGUCUACGUACAUGCUUAGGUAGUGUAUUUUAACACAGUUUAUAUCUCCUGCAAAGUAUCCCCUCUUCCUUACAAGUGUCCCAAAUAGACCGGUAUCUGGCUAUAGCUGCUUCUUUGAAAAAACUAUUUAUUGGCGUGUUAUGGCAUAUAAUCGUUUCAUGUGACAUCUUGAAGAUAUUUGAAAUGAAACAAUCCUUACCUAAUUCUUUUCUGAAGUAAAGUCAGAACAAGAGAUCUUCUUCCCUGUAAGCCUUUUUGAAAAGAAGCCUUGUACAGACAACAUCUAUACCUGUUUCAUUCUUUGCUCCUACACCCAUCUUCCCUUCUUGUAGCUUAUUUUUUCACUGACGCAAAACAACCUGUUGCCUUGCCCUGGUUUAUUUUUAUAUUCAGUACAGUACUUGAGUUUUUGUCUGUUGUGUUACAGUAAGAAACAUCAACCAAAUCCUAAGUGAUCGCCUUGAAUAAUGGGAGCAGGUUCGACAGAGUAUGUUGCAUGGUGUUCAGUGCAGGUUCCUGCACUCCAAACCUUCCUGACAUGGUGCUUUGUUCUGUCUGCUGCUGACACACUUUGCUCUUCAGUUUCCACUGUACAUGACUAACAAGAAUGUCAAGUUGUAGUUGGGCUUGAGCCAAAAACGACAUUCAAACAGCAAUCAUACUGUAUAAACUGCUUUGACAUGACAGCUUUUGUCACCUACAGUAGAGAAAGUAACAGUUUUCACAGAUGAAGAAGGAUAGAUUUACUUCUAUCACUUCUUCUUUAUGCCUGUAAAUAGACUUAAAACAGCCGGUUCAAUGGCGUUGUCUGUAUUGUUAAAUGAAUAUACAGUCAUACAGUGCUUUUCUUGUUGGACCUGUUUAAAUGAUGAAUAAACAUGUUUUCUAUUAUUCUU